ACUUUUUCCUCCUGUUUCAUUUUGAUUUGAACAACCUGUGCCCAAAGCUCUUUCCUUUUCCUUCCUGAGCUCAAAAUCAGGGCUCCUGAUGUUUCCAAACUAAGGACGGGCUGGAGGAGCCACAGUCUGUGAAAGAUGGAAGCUGGGUUAUAUAGACCUCAGGUGAUCUGUUCAUCUCAAGGUUCGUCCCAGUGCCUACUGGGCAGUGGGUUUGGUUGAGGGAUGAAGAGGUAACGAGUGAGUGGUGGUUUCUCCCUGUAUCCUGAUUUUCAGUAAGGGCUUUAGUCUCUGAGCUGCAGCUGUGUAGCUGGCUAACUAGCGGAUGGUGUCUGAUCAUAGAGGGUCUUAGGCUGUGUGGGCUUGGAUAGCGUGUUCUCAUGUGCUUGGCCUCACCCUCCUCCUGUGUGUGUGCGUGUGUGUGUACAUGUGCAUGCGUGCGCACGCACACAGUUUGUAGUCCCAGGGAGUGCCUCCUGCUGUCAUAGGGGGUUUUUCUGUGGUGCACUGUCCUAAAAGAGUGGAUGCAGAGGGCUGUGUCAGUACUUCCUCUUGAGCUGUCCUCCCUCCUCAAGCAAAUUUCCUUACCACCUGCUCCAAGGUGCCUUAUGAGGGGCAGCUCUUCACUCAGCAACAUGGCAAGUAUCACUGUGCUUGAGAAAUCUUGGGACACCGACUGUGCACUAUCCAUCUCAUUUUUCCAAAUAUGGACCUUGUCCAAGCCACCCAUGAUGGAAACUUGUAAGUCAAGGUCAUGAACAAGGUUCUUACAACUAAUGGAAAUAGCCUAAUGAAGUAGAGCUGUCAUAUAUGAAUGGAGGAGAUCAUUGUGGCCCUGAUUUCCUUUUGCGUCGGUGGGAUGUUGACAAGGAUAAGGAGGGAUGUUGGUGAGAUCCCGAGUAGCAGUGGUUUCUUGGUCCACUCAGCCUGAAGACCUGUGAGGCAAAGGUCUGUGACCCAUCAGUUAGCCCUCAGGCAUACUGGUGGCCUCCUGCCUUGAGCUUUAACUUGUGCCCCUUUCUGGCAGCAAGAAUUCCUGGGUUAAUGUCGACCUGUCAUGCCUCGAAAGGGAAAAUAUAUAAAAGCUCAAAUCCAAGUUGUAUCUUCCCCUAGGCAGUAUAGACAGGUCUAUAGGCUGACAGCCCACUCUGCCCUCCAGACUGCAAUUCACUGACCCUUCUGUAGGCAGGCCAACGUAGGUGGCACUGGGAGCUUCUCAUCACUCAGAGCAGCUGCCUUGUAGGGUGUAGGGCUAGCUUUUAGAAGUUUCACACGUUUCCAACUAGGAAGGGAGAACUCUGUUUUCCCUGUGAAACAUUGGUAGCUCUGAAGGGCUUUGUUCUUGGUGAGGGACUUCUGGUCCAAUUGUUGUCAGCACCUUGAGCUCCUUGGAUGGGUGGGUGGGUGGAUGGGUUUAAUUUGAUUUCUCUUUUCAUGAAGUUUAUUAGCAAUCAGACCUAUGUGAACAAACCAUAGUCUACUUCCACUGUCUGCCUAGUGGGGGUGUUUAAUUGGUGGCGUUACGAUUCACAGAAACACAAUUUUGAAAUGAAAGGGAAGAUGAUGUACUUACAUUGUAAAAUGGUUUACAAUAAAGUUUGACAUCUUAUUACAGGUUUUUUUUUUUUUUUUUAAGAAACAUCACUUUUGUGGUUGUUGACUGUGUGUUCUCUGGAAUCGAAACAGCUUAAUGGGGUCAAGAAAAUUUCCCCAGUGGGUUUUAAGGUUCUCCCCAGGAAACAGAGUGAAAAUGAACCUUAUAUCACCUCAUAGAUGAUGUGGGAACCAGAAUCUGAUGUUGAAAAAAAAAAACAUUCUUGCCAUUCUACUUUCCUGCUAAUGUGAGUAAAAGCUAUUCUACCUCCUCUGAGGAGAGUGGGGUUCUGGGAGAUGGAGUAUGAGGAGUGAACAUCCCACAGCCUGGUCAUUGAGGCCAUGGGGCUGGAAGGCACAUUCCUCCCUGGGCAGAGCUAGCUGUGGGGGCAGCACCAGAGCACUCACCCUGGGAACUGGGCCCUCACAGGCCGGGCCUGCCCUCAUUGUCUCUUGGUCCCUGUUUGGAGUCUUGGGUUUAUGCCCAUAGCUAUCUGAAGGCAUUCCUCAUGUCAGCACUUGUCUCAGAUGGAGCCUGGCAGUCCUCGCAUUGGCCUCCCGCGGUCAGGACCAGGCAGGUGGGUAUUUGGGUGGGGUUUGAUAUAUGACAGCAGUGGUGCCACAUUUGGGAUAACCAUAUGUCAGUGCCUGGUUGGGUUCCCUCUGUCUGGGGCCUUCAGGCAUUAAAAAAUAAUCUCCAUCACAAACUGACAAGGAGCUUGGGUGUGUCUGAUACUAAGAGCAGACACAUCUCCCCACAUCUCCCCACACCCAUCCUAGGCUUAGAGUCCUGCCAUGUGCCUUAGGGGUCUUCCCUUCAAGGCUUGGGGUAUUAGGAGCUAGCAGAGGAAAACUGAGUGACCUUCAGGGGAGCCCUUGGGCCUGUACCUCUCUCCACAGCUCAAUACCUGGAAUGGGUUUCAUUCCCCGCUACCCUCUUUCAGCAACCUAAAUGUCCUCAGGCCAGGUGCCUUUUGGUGACUUCAUCUGUGCAGCUCGGUGCUAUUACCUGCUGUCAGCUUACCCUUAUUUACCACAAAGCAUGGUUUCCUCCUGUCUCUCCUGGGCACUUCAUGCCCUGCCUUCUUCGUCCCUUUACGAAACAGUGCACUAGGAGCUGGACAAAGACAUCAGCAAAACCUCAGAUGGAGAGUUCUCCAGGCUUCCCUUGGCUGAAGUUUCUCCACCUGUGAAUCAGGGGUAGCCCCUGUGCUCUGAGUCCACUGCGGGGGCCCAGUGAGCCCACAGGGAGCAAAGCUCCCACCCUGCUGCUGUGCAGGGAUGGAAAGUCCCUUUUCUCUGGAAUCCAGGGAAGGGGUAGAAGACCAAGAAAAGCAAACUCAAAGCAAUCCAGCCCGGCUCAGGGCCCUCCCUUCCUCAGGGACACCCCCACACUGGGAUGGACUUACAGGCAGGCAGACAGCUCCUACUGCCACACAUUCCAGGACCUACAUUUAUAAACACAAGUCGCUGCCAGUCCCAGCACCUCCCACUUGAAAAUAGAGCAGCUGUUCAUGAGGGUGCAAGGUCUCCCCAGCUGUCUGCUGUCGCCAGGGCUGCAGCCCCCCAGGCAGCAGUGCUCAGCGAGCCCCUAUCAUCCCCCAGAAUAAACUCUGAAGCCAGUGGCUGUGUGAUCCUGAAUCACUGGGGAGUCUGUUGAAGCAGGGGGAGUGACUUCUCAGGCAGGACAGGCAAGCAGACUAUAUAAGCUCCAGAGGGCUGGGCACCACUCAGAUCUCUUCAACCAGCUCCUGCUUGCCAGAGAGGAGCCCUCGAAGCAGCUCUCCCACAGCACCCACCAUGUCCCAGGCUGGCACUCCGGAAACCCCCAUCAAGAAGAAGCGGCCCCCUGUGAAGGAGGAGGAUCUGAAGGGGGCCCGAUGGAACCUGACCAAGAACCAGGAGAUCAAGUCCAAGACUUACCAGGUCAUGCGGGAGUGUGAGCAAGCUGGUGCUGCCGCCCCCUCAGUGUUCAGCCGCACCCGGACUGGCACUGAGACCGUCUUUGAGAAGCCCAAAGCCGGACCCGCCAAGAGUGUCUUUGGCUGAGACGUGCACGCCACUUCCCUCACCACUGCCAGUACCUAGACACAGGAGUCUUUCUCAAGAACUCAUUUUUUAUGCCAGAACAUACCUGCUCACCUGUUGCCUCUGGGACCGCCAUCCUACCCCAACAGUCCAGGGACUGCACCAGCACCUGAGAAACAUCAAUAAAGAGGAUGCCCAAGUG